AUAUGAUGCAACUUAAUUAUUUAAGUUUUACAAGACGCUAUUAAUUGAAACUGGUUCAUGUUCACACUGUGAUACAACUAACGCAUCGCUCUUGGUCACAGCUGGCCACACUGCAUUAUUUCGUCGAAGUAAAUUUUUUUGCCAAUUCUAUUUUCAUAUUUUUGAAUAAAGCAUAUUUAAAGUGAAAUAGAGCGGUUUUUUUAUUAUUGGUGUGAAACAGACAAAUUCACUGUAGUCCAACUCUAUUUUUAGGUACUAGGAACUGAAUUGCUCUUCGCAAAAAGUCCUACUAGUUCCAAUGUCGGCGUCACAACGCGGCUGCGGCAUGAGCAAACAAAUUAAUUUCAACGCUCUCAAAUAGAAGUAGAGCACGUAAAACGAUUGGAAAAACGGAGCUGACCUGCAUCUAAUGUACAGUAGCUGAUCCAUGAGGCAUCAUUACUGUCAUGUCUAGUUCGGUAUUUAGCGAAACGCCCAGUGCCCGACCAAAUGGCGCCGAUGGAGAUUCCAAUCUGGUCGUGGUAUACGCCAAGAAUGGCAUCUCAUUUGACGAGCGUGCCAUUGAAAAUAUUAUGGAGGAAAAAUCAAUUGCAAGCAUUAGUGUUGUGCGGCUUACAUCACCUACACCAAGCAUGGUCGAUCAAGAGGAAACCGAACGCCUGGAGGAGCUGGAGCGUUUUUUGGAAAUGACAUCAGAUCGUGAAGAAUCCGAUAAGGAGACAGAUAACGAAAGCCAAAGCGGCUGUGAUGAAUUGAUAAGCGAAAAAGAUCAUGUUACCGGCGAUGACAAUGACAACACCGGUUGCGAAAACAAUGGUGACUCCACGGAAACGGAAGCCGAAGUACCGAAAGUUAAGAAGCGCCCCGGUCGCAAGCCCAAAGCGCCAAAAAAACAGAAAAAGCGCCGAAAACCUAAAGAACGCCCACAAAUUGUAGGCCUUAGUGUCGAACAAUUCUACGCGGAAAACACAGCCGAUUUGGUGGUAAAAAAUGCUCUGAAACUGGCGGGGCUAUCUAUAUUCAAACGCACAGCAGAAACAGAUGCUCUUUUGGAGAUUAUUCGAAAUGAUCACAACUACACGCCAUUCACCUCGCCUGAGCAAAUGAAAGCAAAAAAGACUGCAGAAAAGGUGAUUAUAGAAAGGCAAGGACGUAAAUUUAUCGUGCAAACCCAAUCCAAUAUCAAGAUGUUGAGCGCUAAGAAGCGAGCCCAAGUAGUGCCUUUAAAUCAAGUGCAAACAACAACGCAACAACCACCCAGGCACCAACAACAACUGUCUAAGCAACAACAACAAAUGCAACCGCAUAAGCUGCCCAAGCAACCAUCGAAUUUGCAUAGGCAGCAGUUACCUAACCAGCUGCAGCAGCCUCUAGCAACAGCAUCUAAACAGCAGCAGAUAAUGUUGGCGGGCCCACGAUUGGUUCGUAAUACUGCCAAAAUUAUAAGACCUCCAGACGACUUCGUAGAGGAUGACGAAGACGCAAAUAGCUCAGCUGAUGAAGAGAAUGCUGAUACAGAGGAGCUAAGCGAACCAAGUGAUGCUUCCCGGGAAACAGACAAUGAUCGGGAUAGUGAUAUUGAUUUCAAAAUGAACAACAGCCGUAACUCGAACAAACGCAAACGUCUGAAGAAGUUCUCCAAACGAUCCAAUACGCAGUCUGCACGUGGGCAAACAGUAAAUACACCGAAGGUACCUCAACAACCAACACAGUCACAAUCUCCAUAUCUAAAACGGCGAAAGGAGCAAACAGAUGGUAAUUCGACCGCACCAGCUAUAGGACAGAUUGUUCAGUUCAAUACAAAAGCGCCACCCUCAGUGAUUGCAUUGGGUCGUGGCGUAUUUAGCACAUCCUUUUUAAAAAUGCUGCCCUCACACAAAUCACUACCUCCAAAAACUGCAUUAUCCCCUGAGGUAAAUAGGAUAAGUGCCUCUUCAGUCGCUACUAAGCUGCGCAGAACACCAAUUGUCCAGUUGGGUCGUGUGGUGAGUGUGCCACCGGGCGGAUUUGUGACGCCGCCUCAAGAUGUUAAAGAGAUUGUUAUAAAUAAGAAUCUGUCAAGCCCUAAAGGUAUAUUUACAAAUCUGAACAGUUUGCUGGCUGAGAAUAACAAUACGACAAUGAUGACAUCAUCACCGGAUAAAAGUAAACAGCCCAUCGAAAAUACACCUGCCACUCCUAAGCCCAGUUUAAACACGCAUUCAAAUUUGGCAUCGACAUCGCCAUCUUGCAAGGGUUUCAUGCCCAUCGGCGUGGAUACUGCGUCCUCUCACAAGUUACCUGCUCAUAUUGUCAUCGAAACACAUCAGAGCUCCUCAGAGCUGGCAGCCGAAAAUGAUAAACAACUUGAUCUCAUUGACUCUAUUGUGCAGGAUGAACUGUUAAAGUCAUCUUUGGUCGAGAAACCGCCAGAUACAGCAGAUGAGAAUAUACCCAAACUGGUUAAAAUGCUGGAGAGCAGCGCUGCGGGUCUGAAUCAAGGACCGGAAUCAGUACUAAACCCUCUUAAUGUUCCACAACAGAAUUUCAGCUCUCACCUGGUAGGAAAUGCUUCUGUAGAUAACAUUGACAUAGCCAGCGACCGAUUGCUAGAAGCUGCAGACGAGGAUGAAAUCACAGCUGAUUUCCUGCAACAUGUGGUUGGCCUCAUAGAGGAGGACAAGCAAUUCGAGGCCGAGGUGGUUAAACAGGUGCUAGCUAGCACAGAAACUGGUGGCCUAGAUGCAAUUGCAAAUGCUGUGACGCAACCAAUCUUCGAUGUUGCCAAUCAGUUGCCAACUGUUCCUCAGCCGUUGUGCAAUGAUUUCCCAGAGAGUUCUUUGGCCAAUUUGCCUAUGGCAUCCAGUACUCCAGCGCGUACAAUGGAGACGCUAACCUUCACAUCACGCCCUGAGACGAAAGUUGUGCGAGGCAAUGGGCGUGUAAUUUAUCUGCCACCAAUCGAAGCACCUACAACCCGGGCCAAGCGUCGAGCUCAGAUCUUUCCUGUGACAGCCACAAACUUGUCGGAAGUUAACAACACAUCGCUUACAGAACCAACUCUCGAUACCAGCCAAUUAACCAGCUGCAGUUUGGAUAGUGACAGCUUUUCGUCGCAACUUGCCGGGACGGAAAGGCAACAGCUGACUAGGGAUCUAGCUGGCAGUGUCAGGAGGCCAAGAAGAUCAAAUAAGCUAAAUGCCAGCAGUGAAGUCAAUGAUCCGCCAGGCUCAGAAUCUCAAGAGGACGAUGAUGAUCCAAAUAAGUUGUGGUGUAUCUGUCGUCAGCCGCACAAUAACAGAUUCAUGAUAUGCUGCGAUCUUUGCGAGGAUUGGUAUCACGGCACGUGUGUCAGCGUCACAAAGGCCAUGGGCCUGGAAAUGGAGCAAAAGGGUAUUGACUGGAAGUGCCCCAAAUGCGUUAAAAAGCAGGAAGAGAAGAGCCAACCACGUAUUACAGACAUGUUGUUACCCAAGCAAAGUUUGGAACCUCCGGAGUUUGUGACGUUACCCAAGCAACCAAACGAAACCAAAACAAUUGUUGAGCAUCAACAGGUUACGCCCAAGCGAUCUCUGCCCGUUAAUACGUCAUUGAUGACAUCGUCACCCUCGCCCUCAACCACAAGUAGUCCACUUGUAAAGCAACAAAAAAGGCAGUUGCCCACACGACCACAGCCAAAAAUGCAUCAGCAACAACUUCAAUUUAUCAAACUUGGGAGCAGCAGCGUCAUAUCGCCGACAGAUGCAAGCUGCGUGGCAUGCAAACGUCCAGCACGUGCUAAUUCGGUUUAUUGUAGUGAUGAAUGCAUACGAAGGUAUGCACAUACCGCUAUCCAGGCUCAAACAGUGCCCAAGACGCCUGAACCAGCGCAGCAAGCAGCGUUACCAGCUCCACAGCUAGGAAAUGCGCUGGAUGCCAAAAAGAACAAAAAGAAGGAUUUGUUUGAGGAUGUAUUGCGUCAGGCUGACUCUUUGUCGAAGGUUGAGCGGAUAAACGUCUUUGAGCGCCGAAGCGGGCGUGCCAUCACUGGACAUUUGGCGCCCAGUGCUCAUCAGCUAAAGAAAUGGCUGCAGGAGAAUCCCACUUUUGAAGUGGUGCAGCCGGGCAGCCAGCAGGCGGUGGAGAUCGAGAAACGUCAAAACAAGCGUCUGUCGGAACAGUCCACGCCAGAAGUAUCCUCCUCAGCAAAACCGUCUUUGCCAUUGCAAAAGUCAGCAGAAACUCUCAACAGAUCUAUACAGCUAUUGCCAGCCAUGCCCAAUAUAGCAAAAAAGGAUAAGCCUGCCACCAAAACAACGACUACACUUACUCGCUCCCCCGAGAAGAGCACAACGGAAAGGCCUAUGAGUAAAUCCCAGCCUGAGCCAAUACGCCUAAAUGUGCGGCGGACACUUAAAGACCAAUUGGUGUCUAGAAUAAAAGAGGCACAGGCAGCCGAACAGCCAGCAGAAAAGUCAGAAUGGCUGACGGCGGCAGAGGUGGAGAACUUUGUGAAGCGAGUGGAGUCGGAAAUGUAUAAUUCAUUUGGGCAGGAUGUGAGCGCUAAGUACAAGUCUAAAUAUCGUUCGCUUAUGUUUAACAUAAAGGAUCGUAAGAAUAAGACGUUGUUCGAAAAGAUAUGUGCCAAACAAGUUGAGCCUAAGCAGCUGGUGAGAAUGACACCAGCUGAAUUAGCCAGUCAGGAACUCGCCAAGUGGCGUGAGGAGGAAAACCGACAUCAAUUGGAAAUGAUUAAGAAAUCUGAGCUGGAUUUAUUGUCAUGCGCACAAAACUACGUGGUGAAGACGCACAAAGGUGAGGACCUGAUCGAAUCCAAGAUGGAUGUAACACUGCCAGACGAAGAAACGUCAGAGUUGGAAACAAACAAGGUCAAAUUUGAUAACAUCGACAGCAAAAAAGGGUCCCAGUCAAUUGACAACUCGACCACUACAGCCGUUCCCAGUAAAGACCAUGACCACGAGAAACCCUCGACUGUUAGAGAAAAGCCUUCAAAAUCUCGAGAAAAGGCUCACAGCCGAGAGCAUGAUAGAGACAAACGGCAUAAGAGUCACAGGUCCCAUAAUAACCAAAGUGGCGCCAAAAGAAGCCGCAGUCGAUCGAAUAGCCGCGGCCGUAGCCAAGAGAAGCGCAGUCACAAAAGGCACCAUUACGAGCAUGAUGUGGACAAAGAAAAGGAACAGCCGUCACGCGACAAGCAACUUAGCAAAGAGCAUGUCGAAAAAGUGCAAUCCCCAUUGCAGAAAAAACCAACUGAAAAGAAAGUGGAAACUCCUUUAGUUGCCUUUAAUUUAAUUGAUCAAAUACUAGAGUCAGAGAAAACUGUCGAAGAAGCCGCCAAUUUGACACUGCCCGUUAGGGCAACAAAGUUAUUGCCUGUGGCACCAAAGACAGCUGGCAAAGUUGAUGGGCCCGCGCCAGUAUUGGAUAGGUACGCUCGCUAUUUACAGGGCUUCUCCGGCCCACCAAUUUGGACUGGCAAUUUGAAUAUGGUUGAUGUAACGGAUUUUGAUGUGGUUAUUCAUGGCGUACAUGGUAAUACAAACCAACUAGAUAAGCUAUUGCCCAUCAAUUUGGAUGUGAUAGGUCGCAUAACGCGUGUGAAUGUCUGGGAUUAUCUAAAGAAGAUAAAGAAGAGUCCAACCAAGGAGAUUGUUAUUGUCAAUUUGUUUCCUGCCAACGUCUCGAACACUGACAAAUUUGACAGUUUCUUUGAAUAUCUUGAUUCACGUCAGCGUCUUGGUGUUUUGGGGGCCGAUUCGGAGCAGAUUCGGGACUUUUAUAUAUUUCCCUUGGGCACCAAUGACAAGUUGCCCACUGUGCUACGUACGUUGGACAGUGUGCCAUUUUACGAGGACAGCCAACGGCCAAACACGCUGCUAGGAAUCAUUGUGCGCUGCCUGAGCAAACGAUCGGUUAAUUUAAAUCAGUCGCUGCCAUUACCAUUACCCACUGCCAGCAGCAAGACUGUAUCAAACAAAACACGAGUUCGGACAACGUUUACGCCUCCGAGCAGUCCGAAGCGCAAGACUAGUACGCACUCGACGAGCUCCAGAGAUGAUGAGUUUGAUAUUGAUGCUAUUAUCAAAGCGCCCAUUGCAAAGCUGCAAAGCAAAACCGUUUCAAAAGAGCCAAUGGCCAGUAUAGACGAUCCGAAUGCGCCUUAUUCACCCGGUGGCAGCUCUGACGACAAUGAUGACUUGGCCACAUCGACUACAGAACAUAAGGAUUUCGAUCUGGAGCGCAAAGUGGACGAAAUUAAUAAACAAAUCGCUGCUCAGCGCAUGGAAAUCGCUGGUUUGUUAAAUGUAGAGCCUUCGAUUUUAGACAAACCUUCAUCUUCAUCAAAUGUGCUGGCAAGCAUAUCAAUACCUCCUAAUCUGACAAAGAUUUUGGCUAGCAUAAAGGAGAAGGAAUCGAAUGCUAGACCAACAGUGAACGAUGAUGAUGAGUACAAUCCUGAGGAUGCAAUCUCCAGCUGCUCAUAUGACAUGGGAAGUAAAAACGCAGACGGUACGACAAAGACUAAAAGUCGCUUGGCGCAGCUAAGUGAAGCAGAGCUUCUUAGUAUGGUGCCGGACGAUUUAGUGGAUCUAACGCCGACAAAAUCUACCAGACAUGAGGAGCCCCCACCGCCAGGUGUAUAGGCUAAGGCUAAGUUUAA